AUGUUUUCAAAGACCCUUCCCCACGAUCCUGAGACGGGCUUCCCGACGAAGAAGCAUGUGGACCGGGUGCUCGCCACAGAGAAGGAGCCGACAAGCAGCAACCUCGAUGCCAUCGUCCUAUCCGACUCUGAACACCGUGUUCGCAAGCUCGAGGGGCUCACGAACAGCCGCAGCGGCAGUGACAUGGGCGACCCUCCAGAAAAAGUCCUUGUUUGCCCCUACUUCUACCCGAUCGAGUCAAGCGAGUCUGCCUUCGAGAUGGCCGAGGUGUACGGAAUGGCACUGCUGCGAGAUGUGCCAUUCGCCGAGUACGGCAUGAAUCCGACAGUCCAGAUGGUCCUCAGAAAUCUGAACAAGUUUCCUUCGAAGACAAGCGCACCGACCGUUUCCGGACGCAUCACAGCCAAGACGCUCUUCCGUGGGCCAGGGCCUGGUGAAGAUGUCGGCCCCUACAUCUCCCAGUUCCUGUACAAGUCCUACAACUAUGGGGCCAUGCCCAUAGAACAGAUGUACAACGAGAAUCUCGAUCCGAGCAACAUGCUUGACAUGAUCGGUUGGCUCGCAGUGCAGAACGGAGAGGACCCCGGGAGCGUCGUCACCAAAAGGAAGGCCUAUGCAGUGAGCGGGCGAGUCUUGGGGUCCAUCGUGCACCGCGACCCUGCUUAUCAGUGUUACUAUGCAGCUGCGUUGAUCGCCUUCCAACAAGGUAUUGAGACGGAGGGCUACAGAACAAACCAGAUCUCCACAGCUUGGAUGACUACUGGCCCACCCGAUCUCUUCACCUCCGUUGCGCAUGUUGCGGCCGGUGCGCUGCGCACAGCCUGGCUGCAGAAAUGGGGCAUCACCAUGCGCAUCCGACCAGAAGUCUUCGCUCAGCGGUACGAGCUGGCACGCAGGCGCACCGACCUCCUUGACAAGCGGACUGGAGUGCCAGGGCUGGCAGAGCUGAAAGCGAACGUCGAAACAGCUUCUGAGCUCCUGGAGGCUGUGCUGGCGGACAACGAAGCACGCGUCGGCAAGGAGACCGCGCUGCUUGCCGUCCAAUACCCGGAAGGCUCACCAACACAUCCGUCCCUUCCGGCCGGCCAUGCCGUCAUAGCUGGGGCGUGCGUGACUGUACUGAAGGCCAUGCUCAAGACCUUCGACGACGAUGCAGCCACCAUCGAGACUAAGUGGGUCGAUAGCAGUCGCACCGCGGUGCACUCUAUCGACGGCACGACGCUUCUUGACUACACGGCGGCCGAUGCCCCCGAGAUGACAGUCAACGGCGAACUGAACAAGCUGGCCUCCAACAUUGCCUUGGGCCGAGAUUUCGCAGGUGUCCACUAUCGGGCUGAUGGAGACGGCGGCUUGCGGGUGGGCGAGGACUAUGCCAUCUCCUACCUGGCGGAGAAGAUACACACCUACAGGGAGGCUAGCAAGAAGUACGACCUAUUUCAAGGAUGGGUCCUCAAGAAGUUCGACGGCUCCGUCGUUUCGAUCACGCGCAAGGGCGUUCGACCGCUUAGGCACCGGCGAGGCGUCUCGGGGAGGAGGAGGAAAAGGAGAAGCCAUUCUGACUCAGACUGA